UGCCAAUUGUCAAAAGCUAUCAAUUUUCCGUGAAAAAAUUAUCUUGAUUUUAAUGUAAAUUCAUUAAAAAUCUUAUUAUUUCUACAAAUUAAUUUAAAAAUAACUAGUUCAGUUUAUUUAUGUUAUUAAAGUGAGUGUUUAAAUGGAAAUAACUUAACGUGUGGUGUUCUUGUAAUAACAAAAUGCCUCAGGGCAAAUACCUUUUAUCUUUAAUCCGCUUUAUUUUGUUAAGCAUCGCGAUUCAAUAAUAUGACGUGUAAAAGAGCAAUUUAAGGACAUUGUCUUGGAAACAUACAAAAUAAAAUGGCGGAGCAAAUGCCAAUCUAUCCGCCUGGGGUUUCCUAUGACCAGAAGUACGCAGAGCAUUACGAAGAAGCCCUCAAAAUGGAAGAACAAAAAUAUAUACAAGAUCCAAAGAGUUACAACCCGAAACCCUUUGAAGCACUGCCAGAACCAUCUCAGGUUGAACCAAAACUUGAGCCUGAACCAGGUAAACCUAUUCGCUUUAUUAGCGUCAAUAGUUCACAACUUACAGACGAGCAGAGGGCUAUGUAUGAAUCCGUGCUAUCCACUUGGAAACCAGUAAUGUUCCCGAAACAAGUCAAACGGUACAUCUGUGAAAAGUGCAACAAAGAAUUUAAAAAUUACCAAAAUCUAUACCUCCAUACGACUCGUGUACAUUCGACCGAAGAGUCAGCUGUUCUGUGCAACAUAUGCGACAAGUCGUUUAAGAAUAAGCAUUAUCUAUACAUGCAUAGAAUGAAUAAACAUUAUUCGGAGUCUGAGAAGUGUUUCUGCCAGUUUUGUUUGCAAGAAUUCCGGACACGGCGAGCUUUGCACAUGCACGUCAAGAGAUUCCACCCAAAUACCCUACCCGAGUUGAAAUGCCCUGAGUGUGGAAAAGAAUUCCGUGUACCCUACAAACUGCGAUACCAUAUUGAUGCCUGUCACAGGCCUGAUAACGAAAAGUACAAAUGCCACAUCUGUCAAAAAUUAUAUAAAAGUCACUUAAAUUUAAAUCGGCACUUGCACUUCCAACAUUCUCAAGUGCCUCGGCAUCCAUGCGUCUUCUGCGACAUGACGUUUAAAUCUAGACAUCAUAUGAAACGUCACAUUCUUAAUAUACAUCCUCCUUUGGAAUCCAAAGUGCAAUGUCCAGAAUGUUUGAAAGAAUUUAAGAAUGACCAAUAUUUAAAGGAACACAUGCAAGUACACUCGUCUUUAGAUUCGAAGGUCAAGUGUGAUUUGUGCGAUAAAUUCUUUCAUUCUGCAAUUCGUUUGAAGAAACAUAAGAAAAUUGUGCACCCGGAUAAGCCGAAGCUUCGCUGUGAGAAGUGUGAUAAGGAGUUUGCCCAUGCGCAUUACUUAAGACGGCACCAUAACUCUGUGCAUAUGGAUGUCGACGAAAGUCAGUAUGAACACGAAUGUGACCAGUGCGGAAAGAAAUUUAAAAUAAAGAGAUACCUAAAUAAUCACCUGCAAAGACAUGAACAGCAGCAUUUGAAAAGGAUUUCUCAAAUGGUCAAAACGGUCAUGGACGACGGAACGGAGAAGAAAGCGACAAAGAGAGGCAGACCUAAAAGGACGAGAAAAGAGAUAGAGUUUGUGAAAUGCGAGCCGGUAAGCUCGGAAGAAGAGACUGGGAGUGAGGAUUCGGAAUCGGAAUAGUUUUAGUUUAAGGAAAAAGAAUGUAAGUGGGUGACUUUCAAAAGUUGUAGACAUUUGAAGGUAUUCCGGAAAAUUUUAUGAAAGCAACGCUUAGAGCAACAAAAACUUUUCUAAAAUGCAUUCUUUUUCCCAUAUUACUUAUUUACCACUUAUUUUAGAAAAGAGAAUCUAAUUAGAUUUUUUCUACAAUUGUGUAUUUAAAAACAUUCUCUUGCAAUGAUGUUAUACUAGAAGGUAGAUUUCAUAACUUCAUAAUUAUUCAACCUGAAUAAAUAUUAAAUUUCAAUGUCAAGUAACACCUCCGAGUUCAGCUCUUUCACUAUGGUACAGAAAAUAAUUUCUUUUUAAAUAUUGUAAUUUAUUAGUGUUAUCUUUAGUAAAGAAAUUUCGAUUUUAUUAUGGGGCAGUAAGGAGAAAAUACUAAAUGGUGAACAAUAUAAACAUGCAAGACGCUGUCGUGAUUUUAAAAUCACCUCAAUAUAUUACAUUUAUUACUGGGAAAUGCUAAAAAAGAUUUAAAUAAAAGAGACAGCUCUAUGUCAUCACUCUCCGAGUCUAUGGUUUUUGCACAUUGUACAAAAAAAAAUAUUUUAAAAUAAAAGAAUUAAUGAUUUUCUAUCAAACCCUUGCGCCCCUAUUUACCUAUAUAUAGGCUGUUAAUAAAUAUUUCAUAGAAUUUAAUUAUGAAUUAGAUAUUUAUAAAUUAAGUUGCCAUUAUGUUUAAUGUUGAUAUGUAUAUUUUAUUUUUUUGUAAAAUUUAUUACUAAAUUAAGGAACGUGGUUUUUAUUGAAAGCCGAUUUAUGUAUACGUUGGGUGAAAAGUAUAAAUAAUUGGCUUUAAGUUGGAUGUGUAACAAAAACUCUAUACAUUCCCAUUAUGUGAGUAUUAAAACUAUUAUUCAGAUGUUAAAUUUAUAAGUUGGUAUUACAACGAAAGAUGUCGUUAUGCGAAACGGACCCAAAGACUAGAAGCUAGGGCGUGCCGGUCUGUACGUGGUGUUCUGUCAGAUAGUCUAUGGCAGGUUAACAUUUUUGGCGCGUAUUUUUGUUUAUUCCUGAUACGUCUAAACAACAUGUUUGGGCCGUACAAACUUGAGCUAGAAACUUUUAAUGGUUUUAUUAUAUUAUAGUUUUGAGUCAAAAUUGUUUAUUUAUUUAUUUACUAGGUAAACAAAUGGGGUUUUUGUUACACAAAGAGUUUUUAAAGUGAUUUCGCAUAUAAUUGCUGUAUGUAGAUUAAAAUUUUCAUUGUUACGAUUUUUAAUUCAGUGUAAAUAUUUUAAGCCCCUAUCCCAAAACUAGUGUCAAUAGUCUUAAGCACUGUCAAACACCAAAUUGGCAGAACUUAAAACUAAUUUUGACAUUGAUGCACAUUCUGUUACACUUUUUGGGAGUUACCAAGAGCCAAUAAUAAUUAUAUUUCUUAUUGUCGAAUCAAAUACACUUUUAAUAUAAUUUUUCUUACGUUGCUGCUAACUUUGAAUGGUUUAAUAAAAUUGCACUGUACUAUAUUUUUAUGAGAGAGUCUAUGGUGCUCUAUUCUAUUCACUAAGCUAACACUAAUUGUUUAUGGUAUCUCCCUUGUAUUUCAAGUGCACACGUAGCUUAAUAUGUUGAUCCCUAUCUGAAGUUUUAUAAAAAACAAUGUAAUGUAAGGUCAACUGCACAUUGUAUACAUAAUAUCGGUAUCGGCGCAUCAUUUAGCAAGAUUUGGCGUGGUUAAAGAAAAAAAAUGACCUUCGUAUGUUGUUAUAUGUAUGUGAAUCUUACCCUAUGUCUCGACCCAAUAUUCACUUAAAUCCAGUUUGAUUGUAAAGUACCGCUGUUCUUGAUAUAUAUUAAAUUAGAUUAUCAAUCUAUUGAAAUAUGGUAUAUAUCGUCUGUAUUCGUUUUCUAAGCUCGAAAAAAGCAUACAAAGUGCAGUCGGCCUAAACAUUUUACUUAGGGUGCUUUUGCAAUGGCAGUCUAAAACAAACAAUAAAUUUUACAUAGGAAUUACGACUUUAAAUUAAUGGGUUAAGGUUAAAUUUUUCAAUAACUUCUUUCACUGAGAAUCGCUAGUUAGAUGUAAGCUGGCUUGAAAUUGCAUAGACAGCCCUAACACAAUUUCCAUAGCCAUAGAGUGACUUGAUUUUUAUGUCUAGAAAUGAAAUAAUUAAGAACCUGAAUCACAGCUGAAAUAAGUUUUUGUUACCAUGGUUACUGUUUUAUAAUAGAAUGACAGCUAUGGAACAAAUACGAUAUCUUAAACCCGCCUUUUAAGGGUUAUGUCUAUGGUAAGAAUUUUAUAGAGGCAUCGGUUCGUAACUUAGCGAAAUUUUGUGUAGAUAAUCAAACUACUAUCGUGUAGUCGAAAUAGACCUAACGAAUACUUUUACGUAUCCAACGAUACGCUAUGUUACGUGCCGAAACCAAACUACCUUUUAAAAUUAUACAUUUGAAAUGUUUUCUUAGGUAAGAGUUUCGUCGCUAGAUGGCGUUGUUCAUUAUUGGUUGGUGUAAAUAUAUUCUCGUUUAAAGUGUUUUUGAAAAUUUUGUAAAAUCUAUUUCAUUAAUAGAAAUUUAUGAAGGCACAUAAUUCAAUAGAUUGUAGUUUUAAUACAAUAAUUGAUAACAGAGAUUUUUAUUGUCAAUUUAAAAAAUAUUCACGAUGUAUGCAUAAUGUCUUGUGCAAUAUAACACUAUUUUUUAAAUAUUA